GAGUUGAAUUAAGAAGGAAUUGAGGAGAUCUCCAAAGUUUUCAAAAUUCUCAUAAACUUGAAUAUCGGCAAAGAAGUUGCAAGGAAGGGAGUUCUAGACGGGGGAACUGGACGAAGAAGCUAGCUGUUUGAUUAAGUGUGAGUGGUUCUUCUUACAAGAUGUUUUCAAAAUGAAAAUGAUUUCUAAAAUGUAUUUGAAUUUGUAUAUGAUUUCAUUUAUGCUUUCCAAUUCUUAAAAAUGCAUAUGAUUUAUAAAUGAAUUAGACUUAUUAUGACGGGAAUGAUGUGACAAAAUAAUAUGUAUUUGAGAAUGACAUGAGAUUUAAAAUGAAUGGAAUGAUGAAACAAGAAAGAUCCUUUGUAUCCUAUGUGAUGAGAAUACCUCAUAUGUAUGUGAUAUUUUAUCCUUGUUGUGUGAUAUGAGGUAAGAUGCUCUAUUUUGGUUGUGUUCUAGAAUAAAAUGUCUUAUUCAUCUUGAGUAGGAUGCAUCAUAUAUACUUGGUGGAUGAUCUGAUAUGAGAUGUCAUUUGCUUGUUGUGUGAUCUGGUAUCGAAAGACGUGUUAUGUGUGAUGAAAUUGGUGAAAUUAGUUAAAUGCAUUAAGAUUACUGCACAUAGUUGUAACUUGGCAAAAUAGUGUUGUAAACAAUUGAACUGAGAAAAAAAGGUGUAGAGAUGGUUAUGUUGUAUGCAAAAUUUGUAUUACGAAGUUAUAUGAAAUGGUACAAACAAAUUUUAAAUUUAAAAUCACAAACUGUAGGGACCAAAAUUUGAAGUUUAAUGAAAGUUAAAGAUUAUUACAUAUUUGAAGGAAGAGGUUAUAGAUUUUAUAAAGUGAUGUAUUUUCAAUUACAUACAAAAUGUUAUUUUAAAAAAUUAUAAUGGGUGUUAAUCAUAGAUUUAAAAACAAAAUUUCAUAAAUAGAAUUGGGAUAGUCUCAUGUGAUAACAUAAAACAAAAUUGAUGAUUUAAAACUGAGUUUGGCAAGAAACAAAAUGGUUGGAGGGAAAUAUAUUUACGUGAAAAACCUAAUCCAUAAGGCAUAAACCCCGAAAGAAAUAGAUUCCAUUUGCACCCUAAAAUCUCCUCUACCGGACCGGCGGCGGCGAUGGGCUGCCUAACCAUCCUCAUCCUUAGGUUAUGAGAUCUCUUUCCAAUUCUCAUCUUCAUCUCAAAUAUAUAUUCUCUCUCCCUAACUCUCUCAUGGCUUCCUCUCUUAUACAAACCCUUAAACCAGAUUUAGCUCCUCAAGACCUAGACGACCUUCUCUGUUCCCCUUCACACAAACAGCCACAACACGAAUCCUCCUCUCUUACCAAUUCCACUUCCAAUGACUCAACUCCUCUCUUGGGGUCGCCGACUGGAUAUUUGAGUCGCGAGUCGCGCAUUGAACGAGCCUGGGCUCACUGGACCAAGCUCGGUCGCCCAAAGUUGAUUGUAGCUCCCAUGGUUGAUAAUUCGGAGUUGCCAUUUCGUUUACUCUGCAGGAAAUAUGGUGCUGAGGCUGCUUAUACGCCUAUGCUCCAUUCACGAAUCUUUACCGAGAACGAGAAGUAUCGGAACAUGGAAUUCACCACUUGUCAGGAGGACCGUCCAUUAUUUGUUCAAUUUUGUGCCAAUGAUCCCGAUGUUCUGUUGGAGGCUGCUAGAAGAGUGGAGCCAUAUUGUGAUUACGUCGAUCUUAACCUUGGGUGUCCUCAGCGUAUUGCAAGGCGAGGAAAUUAUGGGGCUUUUUUAAUGGAUAACCUACCUCUUGUAAAAGCAAUAGUAGAGAAACUGGCUUCCAAUCUUCAAGUUCCUGUAUCAUGCAAAAUCCGAAUCUUCCCAAAUCUACAGGAUACAAUUAAUUAUGCAAGAAUGUUAGAGGAUGCUGGAUGCUCUCUUUUAGCUGUUCAUGGCCGCACAAGAGAUGAAAAAGAUGGUAAAAAAUUCCGAGCUAACUGGAGUGCCAUUAGUGCGGUUAAAAACGCUGUACGAAUUCCAGUUCUUGCCAAUGGGAAUAUACGGCACAUGGAAGAUGUUAACGACUGUUUACAAGAGACGGGAGUUGAGGGUGUGCUCUCGGCAGAAACCCUUCUGGAGAACCCUGCACUUUUUGCUGGGUUUCGAACUGCUGAAUGGAUAGAGGGCCACGAAGAAAAUACCCGGGAUGGUAACCUGGAUCAAGCGGAUCUGCUUGUAGACUACUUGAAGCUUUGUGAAAAAUACCCUGUCCCAUGGAGAAUGAUCCGUUCGCAUGUACACAAGUUAUUGGGAGAUUGGUUCAAGAUUCAUCCACACAUUAGAGAAGACUUCAAUGCACAAUCGAAGCUCACCUUUGAAUUUCUUUACAAUAUGGUGGAGCGGCUGAGAGAAUUGCAGGUAAAAAUGCCUCUUUAUAUCAAAGAUUCUCAUGCACUUGCAAUUUCAUCCAAUGCUUGAUUGAUUCCACACAUAAUAAUUGAUAGGUUUAUGGUCUUAACUUAAAGAUUCUUUGAGGAAAUUAGAUUGAUACUGUUGUUGUACCACUAAUAUUCACAUAAAAUUGUCUUUCUUCAAUCAGCUUGAGCACACAGUGAAGAAAGAAAAGAUUUUGUAUUUAUUCUUGCGAAUUGUAGCCUUAUUUGAUUUAAAUAGGUAAGAGAGAUAAGAGAGUAAACAUUACCUUUUGGCUUUGCCCACAUUAUCUAUUCUACCAUCUUGUUUACAUUCUUCUAGAAACAUUUUUCAUUGUGUUCAAAUGUUCAUAGUGAUUUGAUGCGAGACUCUUGAAAAUGUAAUUCUUCGACAUGUUUCAUUUUAGUUCAACAAAUGUUCGGGGUGGAGAUUAAACUAUUGACACCUUUGAAAUAGUAAUUGAUAUUUUAUUUAUGAAGCUAUGCUUGGAUUGA